AUGAAUGCUGGGAUAGGCUUCAGCAUCCUCCGUGACCCAGAAGGAUGGAUUCUGUCUGGCCCCACUGUGGCCAAACCCACAUUUAGCAUAUUUAAAAGGGGUGAAGUGUGGGUUGCCUGCAUAUAUCGUGAAAUUAUGGGCACAAUCAGCUGCAGGCUGUGGGCUGAGCCUCAGGUGCCAGGUUUUUAUAUGGAUGGAGAUUUUGUGAUUGGGGGUACUUUCCCCAUUCAUUACUAUAUGAGAUCAGAGCAGAACAGCUACACAAGACCGCCACUCCAGCUGCAGUGCUCUGGGAGUAUGAAUUUCAGAGAGCUGCGCUUCGCUCGUGCCAUGAAGUUCACCAUCCACGAGAUCAACAACAGAACAGAUCUCCUGCCGGGAAUCACGUUAGGAUACCAGAUAUACGACUCGUGCUCUGAGGUGAGUCAUUUCGCAACCUGCGCAUGUCUGAGCGAUAAGCGUCAGUAUCCUGCCUUCUUCAGGACCGUGCCUAGUGACUACCAUCAAGCUGCCGCACUAGCAAAACUUGUCAAGUACUUUGGCUGGACAUGGAUUGGGGCAGUGCGCAGCGACUCAGUUUAUGGAAAUACUGGAAUGGCGUCGUUUCUAAAGGCUGCGCAGGAGGAGGGCAUCUGUGUGGAGUACUCCGAGUCCUACUACAGAACACAACCGCGCAGUAAACUGGAGAGAGUGGCAAACGUCAUCCGAAAAUCAACAGCCCGGGUAUUAGUGGCGUUUGUUCACGAAGCCGAAGUGAGGCUUCUGUUAGAGGAACUGACAAGACAGCCGCCGCCUCCCCUUCAGUGGAUCAGCGACGCGUGGAUUGUAGAUCCAGAGUUUCUACGCUUUAACUUGUGCGCUGGGGCGAUAGGAUUUGGGGUCCCCCGCUCAGUGAUUCCAGGUCUUCGUGAGUUUCUUCUGGAUCUCUCUCCAGAACAAGCACUGAAAUCACCUCUGCUAACGGAGUUUUGGGAGAGCUCGUUCAGCUGUAGCCUAAAACGCUCCUCAGGGGGCGCGCGGGAAUGUGAUGGCAGCGAGGAUAUCCGCGCGCUGCAGAACCCGUACACAGACACGUCGCAGCUGCGCAUCACUAACAUGGUGUACAAAGCUACGUAUGCCAUAGCGCAUGCCAUCCACGGUGUUAUCUGUAAUGACACGCAGUGCGACAAGAGCGCUAAAUUCACACCAUGGCAGAUACUCGACCAGCUCGAAACAGUGAACUUCACUACAAAGACUGGCUAUCAGGUCUCGUUUGAUGACAAUGGUGAUCCUGUGGCCGUCUACGAGCUCAUAAACUAUCAAUUUAAAAAAGAUGGUGGUUUGGAUUUUGUGACUGUGGGCCACUAUGACUCAUCCAGACCAAUAGGCCAGGAGUUCAGUAUAAGCAGACCUAUCAUCUGGGUGGGGGGACGGACCGAGUUCUGGCCCAAUGCCCAGCGAGUCAGCUGCCUCCCCAAACCUGUGGAGUUCCUGUCCUGGGACGACACUCUGAGCAUCAUCCUUACAGCAUUCUCCAUCGCUGGAGCCUUCAUAGCUGGGAUCAUAAGAAGGUGUCUAUGUAAACACAGUCACCACUGCAGUCACUCCACGGGGCUGAAAACCAUGCAGCUCACUUUAAUGAUGUUCUUAUCAGUGCUGUGGAUAACUGGACUCAAACCAGCAGCAUGGAAAUCUGACCUGGUCAGCUGCAGACUGUGGGCUGAGCCUCAGGUGCCUGGUAUUUAUAUGAAAGGAGAUUUUGUGAUUGGAGGGACUUUCGCCAUUCAUUACUACAUGAAAUCAGUGCAGAACAGCUACACCAGACAGCCGCUACCGCCACAGUGCUCUGGGAGUAUGAAUUUUAGGGAGCUGCGCUUCGCCCGUGCCAUGGAGUUCACCAUCCACGAGAUCAACAACAGAACAGAUCUCCUGCCCGGAAUCAUGUUAGGCUACGAGAUACACGACUCGUGCUCUGAAGUGCCGAUGGCUGUUAAAGUUGCAUUUCAGUUUGCAAACGGCAUGGAACCAUUUUACAAUGAUACUGAUUCCUGUUCAAAAUCUGCAGCCGCCGCUGUUCCUGCUCUCGUGGGAGAUUCUUAUUCCAUAUCUUCAAUGAGUAUGACUAGAAUUCUUGGUCUUUUUGGAAUUCCGCAGGUGAGUCACUACGCAACCUGCGCAUGUCUGAGCAAUAAGCGUCAGUAUCCUGCCUUCCUCAGGACCGUCCCCAGUGACCACCACCAAGCGGCCGCACUAGCAAAAAUUGUCAAGCAUUUUGGCUGGACAUGGAUUGGGGCAGUGCGCAGCGACACAGACUACGGAAAUUAUGGAAUGGCGUCGUUUCUAAAGGCUGCGGAGGAGGAGGGCAUCUGUGUGGAGUACUCCGAGUCCUACUACAGAACACAACCGCGCAGUAAACUGGAGAGAGUGGCAAACGUCAUCCGCAGAUCAACAGCCCGGGUAAUAGUAGCGUUUCUUCAUGAAGGCGAUUUAAGAUUUCUAUUAGAGGAACUGACAAGACAGCCGCCGCCUCCCCUUCAGUGGAUCGGCACCGACGCCUGGAUCAUAGAUCCAGAGUUUCUGCGCUUUAACAUGUGCGCUGGGGCGAUAGGAUUUGGGGUCCCCCGCUCAGUGAUUCCAGGUUUCCGUGAGUUUCUUCUGGAUCUCUCUCCAGAACAAGCACUGAAAUCACCUCUGCUAACGGAGUUUUGGGAGAGCUCGUUCAGCUGUAGCCUAAAAGGCUCCUCAGAGGGCGCGCGGGAAUGUGACGGCAGCGAGGAUGUCCGCGCGCUGCAGAACCCAUAUACAGACACGUCGCAGCUGCGUGUGACUAACCUGGUGUACAAAGCUACGUAUGCCAUAGCGCAUGCCAUCCACGGUGUUAUCUGUAAUGACACGCAGUGCGACAAGAGCGCUAAAUUCACACCAUGGCAGAUACUCGACCAGCUCAAGACAGUAAACUUCACUACAAAAAAUGGUUUUCAAGUCUCGUUUGAUUCCAGUGGAGAUUCUGUGGCCGUCUACGAUCUCAUAAACUGGCAGGUUAGGAAAGAUGGCACAAUAGAUUUAAUCACAGUGGGCCACUAUGACUCAUCCAAACCAAGAGGCCAGGAGUUCAUUGUGAGCAGAGCUAUCAGCUGGAUGGGAGGACAGACCAAGGUGCCAAGGUCUGUGUGCAGUGAGAGCUGUCCACCAGGAACCAGGAAGGCUGUACAGAAAGGAAAGCCAGUCUGCUGCUACGACUGUAUACCAUGUGCAGAAGGAGAGAUCAGCAACAAGACAGACUCUUUGAACUGUGUGCACUGCCCUCCUGAGCUCUGGCCCAACACCCAGCGAGACAGCUGCCUCCCCAAACCUGUGGAAUUCCUGUCCUGGGACGACACUAUGAGCAUCAUCCUGACAGCAUUCUCCAUCUCUGGGGCCUUCAUAGCUGUAUGUGUGGCUGCUGUUUUCUACAAACAUAGAACUUCUCCAAUCGUCCGAGCAAACAACUCAGAGCUGAGCUUCCUGCUGCUCUUCUCACUGACUCUGUGUUUCCUCUGCUCACUUACUUUUAUUGGUCAGCCCUCUGAGUGGUCCUGUAUGCUGCGCCACACAGCGUUCGGGAUCACCUUCGUCCUCUGCAUCUCCUGUGUUCUGGGGAAAACAAUAGUGGUGUUAAUGGCCUUCAGAGCUACACUUCCAGGCAGUAAUGCCAUGAAAUGGUUUGGGCCUCCACAGCAGAGACUCAGUGUUCUUGGUUUCACUCUAAUACAGGUUCUAAUUUGUGUUCUUUGGUUGACAAUAUCUCCUCCUCUCCCCUUCAAAAAUCUAAAGCAGUACAAGGAAAGGAUAAUCCUGGAAUGUGCAUUAGGUUCAGCUAUAGGAUUCUGGGCUGUGCUGGGUUAUAUAGGAUUUCUGGCUCUUUUGUGUUUUAUUUUUGCUUUUCUAGCACGGAAGCUGCCUGAUAACUUUAAUGAGGCCAAGUUCAUCACAUUCAGCAUGCUCAUAUUCUGUGCAGUGUGGGUUACCUUAAUUCCAGCUUAUGUCAGCUCUCCUGGAAAGUUCACUGUAGCUGUAGAAAUAUUUGCUAUUCUGGCUUCAAGCUUUGGUUUGAUUACUUGUAUUUUUGUUCCCAAGUGUUUCAUAAUCAUGUUUAGGCCAGAGCAGAAUACCAAGAAACACCUUAUGGGUAAAGUUCCCUCCAAAUCACUUUGA